UAUAUGCCUAGUAUAAUUCUUUCAGUCACUAGUUCACAUGAAGAAGGGAACAGAACAUUACAGUUUCCAUUUCCAUCAGAUAAAGAGGGAAAAGGAGAGGAAAGGGGAGGGGAGAGUGGGGUGUGGUAAUCAAUGUUUAAAACCAACAGCCCAUCCCCCUCUUCCUCACUCCCUCUCUCUCUCUCUUUCUCUGACUGUCCAACUCCUCGCACAACUUCGUCACCAUGUCACAGGUCCAGCAGGCUAUGGCAUUGCUCAUCGCAGCCUUCCACAAGUACUCUGGCAAGGAGGGCGACAAGACGACCCUGAGCAAGGGAGAACUCAAAGAUCUGCUCAACGCUGAGCUUGGAGAGAUCAUGGGGAAAAACACUGACCAGGCAAAGGUUGACAAGAUCUUCAAAGAUCUGGACGCUAACUCAGAUGGCAGUGUGGACUUCCAGGAGUACGUCACACUGGUGGCCUGCCUCACCAUGAUGUGCAAUGAGUUCUUCACCAAGAAGUGAAACAGCUCCCCCUGCCCACUCUCCACAGAACAGCAGCUCUUGCUCCAUGAGUGAAUUCAUGAUAAGAUUAGCCAGAUCCUCAAUGCAGGUUCAGAGGGACAGACACAGACACUGACCUGUACACAUACAGACAUAUAGGCUACAAUCUCAUGAGAUGGAGAGGAAGCUCUUUGGUUUGUUUAAAAUGAAAAAUGAAAUAAACUAUUUUAAUGUUUGGAAGAAA